CUUUUGGUCACACUACGACAAGUGAAACAGCUUUCGGAAGAAAAAACAAAAGAAUAACAAACCAAAAUAUUGAGUGUUUAAUUUAAAUAAAUAUCCAAUUAACGCUACAUAAGGAGAACAACAAACAAUGGGCGCUGCAUUGGGCCUUUGUUCGGCGGCACAGUGUGCCUUGUGCUGCACGGGAACGGCGGCAAGCAUGUGCUGCUCCGCUUGCCCCACCUGCAAGAACUCUUCCUCUUCGCGCUUCAUGUACGCCUUCAUGCUGUUGAUAGGCACUGUGCUAGGCGCCAUUGCACUGUCGCCUGGACUGCAGGACACUUUAAAGAAGCUUCCAUUUUGCGUAAAUUCCACAUCAACGUAUUCGGCGAAGGCACUUGGCGGCCUCUCGGGAGGCUCACUCCAAGUGGACUGCGAGUUCGCCUUGGGUUACAUGGCUGUGUAUCGUUUAUGCUUUGGACUUGCCUGUUUCUUCACCUUGAUGGCUUUAAUAAUGUUGGGGGUGAAGAGUUCACGUGAUCCUCGAUCUCAUAUACAAAACGAGUUUUGGCCAUUGAAAUUCUUGAUCUGCUUUGGUGCCUCGAUUGCCGCGAUCUUCAUUCCGGAUGGUUCCUUUGGACCGGCCAUGAUGUGGGUGGGUCUCAUCGGUGGAUUGGCCUUUAUCUUGGUGCAGCUGGUCAUCAUUGUGGACUUUGCGCACAGCGUUGCCGAAAACUGGAUUGAGAAUGCUGAGAACAAUCGUGGCUACUAUUAUGCCUUGGCUGGCGUCACUUUGCUGGGUUACAUCGCUUCCCUCACAGGCAUCACACUGCUCUACAUCUACUUUACCACAUCGAGUGGCUGUGGCAUCAACAAGUUCUUCAUCUCCAUCAAUUUGAUCUUCUGUCUGAUCAUCAGCGUGCUCUCGGUGCUGCCAGCAGUGCAGGAGCGUCUUCCUCACUCGGGAUUACUCCAAAGUUCGCUGGUUACUCUUUACACUGUCUACUUGACCUGGUCCGCUGUGGCCAACAAUCCGGAGAGGGCUUGCAAUCCUGGCAUGUUUGGGGUGAUUGAAAAUGUGACCACAACUUUGGCGCCGCCUACACACAAAUCGAAGGUUACUUUUGAUACGACCAACAUCAUUGGCCUCGUUGUUUGGCUGCUUUGCAUACUCUACAAUUGCUUUAGCUCCGCCGUGGAAGUCUCGAAGAUCAAUCAUGACAGCAGCGAAAAGCGUGUUUUAACAGAAGCUCUAUCAGACACAGAGACGGGCAACGUCGAGGGCGGAGGCAAGAAGGAAACGGACAAUGAAACCGAAGGCGUCUCCUACAACUGGACUGCAUUCCACACUGUGCUUGUUUGUGCUUCCCUUUACGUGAUGAUGACGCUGACCAAUUGGUACAAACCCAACUCGGACAUUGCGCUGUUCAACACCAACGAGGCAUCGAUGUGGGUAAAGAUCGUGUCCAGCUGGUUGGGCAUCUUCAUCUACGGCUGGAGUUUGGUUGCACCCAUUGUGCUCUCCAAUCGCGACUUUAGCUAAGCAGCGAGCGUAUUAUAAACUUACCAAAAUAUCAACAUAUAUAUAUUAUACUUAUAAUUAAUCGAUGGAGGGAGCGUGUUUAAAAUGCGGACAGUGAAUGCCAAAAUGAAAUGGAGCGGUGCUUAAAAGCGAAGGCUUUGGAUUUUGCCAUGGUUUACAAACAAGAAAUAUUCUCAACAAAAAUAUUAUACAUUAUAAAUUUAUUAACAAUACGUAUUGUAAUAACUACGAUCAAAAAAUUGUCGUCAAAUGUCUUUCCUCCAAUUAAAUAAAACGUAGUCAGAGUUGUUGCACUCGUGUCGACUCCA